UCUAACCUUUUAUAGAUCUCACUUAGCGAAAAAAAGGGGGCGGGCCCGCAAGUAAGCAGGAGCAGCAUGGCGGCUGGGAGGAAGCGCCUCCAGCCUUUGCCAGCCCUUGCGGAAAAGAACAACAGCGGCCAGUGGGUGAUCAUUGCCCCAGAAUCUGCUACCAAUCUUCCAAAGAAGCCAGGUUCUGGGCCUUUAUUUACAAAACUACGUAAUCCAAGUACAGGACACGCAGCCCUUUAUUUGUUCAAUAGUGAUGGUCGUCAGCUGUUUGAAGUAAAAGCUUUUCAUGAAGAAUACCGGUCCUGGUUUAUAGGUCAAACUGUUCAACAAGAUGGGUGCCUGUUCUUUGCUACACCUGUGGAUCCCUUAUUUCUCUUGUUGUUCUACCUUACUAAGGCAGAGAAAGAGCAGGGAAAGUUCCAGCCACUGAAUCAGAUAUUGGUAGAUGAAGAGUGUUCUUCCUGUGCAAUGUUGCUAAAAUGCACAAGCGUUUCACAAUCUCUUCACCACAUAGCAGAUGAAAAAGAAAUAGGUGGCAGGAAAUUCUAUAAAUACAAUGAGGAGAAAACACUGAAGUGGCUAAAGAAGAAGGUCAACCAGACUGUGAAAAUGUUAAAAGUCAGUGACAUACGUGUGGAUGGAAAGGUGCAGUCUGCUACAUUUAUUAGUGGUAAACAGAUCACUGAUGCCGCUGAAGAGGAUUAUAUUUGCUAUGCUCAUGGUUUAAUAUCUGAAUAUAUUCUUGAAGAACUGAGUACUGCACUAGCUAAAUACUUACAACUCCCACAGAUUGCGUGUCCUCCAGCAGAGCCAGCAUCCAAGAAAAGGAAAUUAUCAGAUGAACCCGUAGAAGCAAAAGAAGAUUAUACCAAGUUUAAUACUAGUGAUCUGAAAAACAAAAAGGCAAACAAUAAAAUAUCAGCUGCUCAAAAAGCUCUAGCAAAAGUUGACAAGAGUGGCAUGAAAACAAUGUCUUCUUUCUUUAGUUCAAAGCCUAAAGCAAUGAAAUGAGAUUUACCUUUGAUACAAUAAUUGUUUUUUUGUAUCAUGGUUUCUUUUUAACCUUCCUCCCCAGUUUCCAGAUAGUCCUUUGCUUAAAAUUAGGGCUGAGAAGUAGAAAUACUGGACUUUAGUAUUGGGAAACCUAAUAUUGUGUGACACAAAGUCAGGACAACCUAUUGUAAUCCCCACUGGCAAAACUAGGUUUGGUAAUUUACCAUUUCAGCCAAUAUGCUUGCCUAAUUAGCAUUGUUAAAUUGCAAGUUUUACAUUGUAAUGUAAUAGUACAAUACAAUAAACUCUUUUCUGAAACAUA